UCCUUCGCGAGGUGGGUACAUCACAUUAAACUCAACGUCUGCUAGAAACGAGAACGGCUGUUUUGAUUCCAGAAAGCCGCAACUGUCACCCAGGGCGUCCAACACGGAGCAGGACAUCCAAAGCGUCGUAUCCAGUCCCUUGCAAACUGAGGACAAGCGGAGAGCACGUGAUUUACUAUGAGGUUCUCCAACAUUUCGGCGGCGCUGAGCACGUGCGGCGAGUUGCACGUCAACACCACGCUGCCCUACUUCCAAUGCCUCUGCUCGGGCCUGGUGGAUAAGUACGUCGUCCGUGCCAAGUACUUCUUCUGCAAGAAAGCCGGCGAGCUUGAAAAGGAGGCCUCGGCCGAGACCACGCGGCAGGUCGGCGCGACUAUCGGCAUCAUCCUGGCCGUCUGCGCGCUGCUGGCCAUCCUCAUCUUCGUGUACAGGCGGUUCAAGCCCCAGAUUCUUGCAAAGACUCGGGCGGCAUUCUCUCACUGUGGCAUGAAGAACCACUACGACUCAUGCACCCGGAUGUUCUGCGUUUGCUGCCAGAAGCACUCAACCAAAAGACUCGACGAGCAUGGGAACGAACUGCCGUCCAACCAGAACCUGUCCGGCCAGCCCACCAGCCGCUGCGGCAACCUCUGCUACAGCGACGCCUGCCUCAGCGCCAUGGAGUUCAUCUGCGACUGCGACUGCUUCCGCACGCGCAAGGCGCCCAAGUACAUGGUGCCCAUCCUCGGGAAGCCUCGGUCGCGGUCGGGUCAGCCCUCCAGCGAGCCGUCGGAGGAGCCCGUGGUGGAGCUGCAGCCGCCGCGGCGCAUGCGCUCCGUGCGCAAGGCACCGCCGCCGCCGAUGCCGAAGAUGCCCGACGCGCCCGGCUUCGACCCGGACCAGAGGGCAGCCGGCACGUGGCGCCCGCCGGGUCCCCCGUACCAGCGGCCGACCGCGCCGCCGCCGCCCGGUCCGGCGCACCACGCGUACGGUGAGCCGCACGGACCUUCAUCGUCGGCCAUGUUCCAGCCGCCGCAGUACGACGACCUGUUCCAGGCUGGGCCGUCCGAUCCGUCGCUGAACAGGGGAGGCCCCUUGCGCGUCUCCAAGGAGUUCACCGCCCAGCUGAACCAGGCCAUGGCCGGCCGGCGCUGGCCCUCCGAGAGCGAGAUAUAG